CAAUGAUUUUCCAUUAUUCAAUUAAUUUUCGGUGACAUACAUUCUCAAAUUGAAAACAGGUGCCCGAAAUUUGAUCAAGCGGCACACUUAUACGUUUCACGGUACAGCGAACACAAGUGUACCUUUACUUCAGUGUCGUAUGUCGAUGGAUUACCGUAACAUUUAUUUACCGUGAAAAGAAGUGAAAUAUAGUUUUUCCCGCAAUUUACAAAUGGAAAGAUGAAAAAUAUACCAAUAUUAUGGAAGAAAACCCCGGAUGAUGAUACAAGAAAAAAGACAAAAAUGGACGAAUUUGACGAUUUGUAGCAAAAAUUAUUUUAGGAUUUUUCUCAGUUUUAAGAUCCAAAAAUGGACAAUAAGGGUCCAGGAGAAAAUUAUGAUAGGAUCCAGGAGAGCCCUCCAGGAAAGGACUUGCCUUCUAACCAGACUGGUGAAAAGUCUGGUGGGCAGGAAGGAGGAUCAACACCAAACUCUCCAGAAAACAAAGGCCCGGCAAAGCCACUUAGUACGGCGUGGGAAACAGCAAUAGGUGCUGCAACAGCCUCCACAAUGACACGAAAACGUGCGAAUGCACGAAAACAACAAACUCAAAAUGUGCGACCACAGAGAGCUUUAUUUUGUUUGACGUUAAACAAUCCUAUGAGGAAACUAUGUAUUCGUGUUGUAGAAUGGAGGCCUUUUGAGUUUUUAAUUCUGCUGACCAUCUUUGCCAACUGUGUUGCACUGGCUAUUUACACUCCAUAUCCACAGGGGGACUCGAAUGCAGUCAACCAAGCUUUGGAAAGAGUAGAAUAUAUUUUCCUUGUAAUAUUCACUUUAGAAGCCAUAAUGAAGAUAAUAGCAUAUGGUUUUGCAUUACAUUCGGGUGCAUACCUACGGAAUGGCUGGAACAUUCUAGAUUUUAUUAUUGUAGUUAUAGGUAUAAUUAGCACUGUUUUCUCAACACUCAACUUCAAUAACUUUGAUGUAAAGGCCUUGCGGGCAUUCAGGGUAUUACGACCAUUAAGACUUGUUUCUGGUGUUCCCAGUUUACAAGUAGUUUUAAAUUCAAUUGUGAGAGCUAUGGUGCCUUUACUUCAUAUAGCCCUUUUGGUGAUCUUUGUAAUUAUUAUAUAUGCCAUUAUUGGGUUAGAACUCUUCUCAGGAACAAUGCACAAGACCUGUUAUAAAAGGGAUUCAGGUGAAAUGAUGGAAGAACCCCAUCCAUGUAAUUCAGAAGAGAAAGGAUUUAGUUGUGACAAUUCCACAUUUGAAUGUAAAGAAGGGUGGAUAGGCCCUAACAAUGGAAUUACAAACUUUGAUAAUUUUGGAUUUGCUAUGUUGACAGUAUUUCAGUGUAUAACUAUGGAAGGUUGGACGACUGUUUUAUAUAAUAUAAAUGAUGCCGUUGGCAAUGAAUGGCCAUGGACAUAUUUUAUAAGUUUAAUUAUUAUUGGAUCAUUUUUUGUACUCAACUUAGUUUUAGGUGUUCUUAGUGGAGAAUUUUCCAAAGAAAGAGAAAAAGCAAAAGCCAGAGGUGAUUUUCAAAAACUUCGUGAAAAACAACAAUUAGAGGAAGAUCUGCGAGGGUAUUUAGAUUGGAUUACACAAGCAGAAGAUAUCGACCCUGAGAAUGAAGAUGACGGAGAAGAAGGUGCUACUCCCCGCCAUAAAAAUGCAAGUGAAACAGCUUCAGACAAAACAGAAGAUGUAGAAAAUGGGGAAAUACAACAAACAUGGUGCAUAAGGAAAAGUCGGAGAUUACGGAAGUUAAAUAGACGUUGUAGAAGAUUGUGUAGAAAAUUAGUGAAAUCUCAAGUUUUUUAUUGGCUAGUCAUUGUCAUGGUGUUCCUGAAUACUUGUGUUUUAACAUCAGAACAUUAUGGACAACCUGAUUGGUUGGAUGAUUUCCAAGAAGUUGCCAAUUUAUUUUUUGUUGUGCUAUUCACAUUAGAAAUGUUUCUCAAAAUGUACAGUUUAGGCUUCCAAGGAUAUUUUGUGUCUUUAUUUAACCGUUUUGACAGUUUAGUUGUGUUAUUCAGUAUAGUAGAAGCCAUCUUAAUAUUUACUAAUGUGAUGCCACCUUUAGGAGUAAGCGUGUUACGUUGUGCAAGGUUACUUAGAGUAUUCAAAGCUACCAGGUAUUGGGCAUCACUACGUAACUUGGUAGCGUCACUGUUGAACAGUAUGAGAUCUAUAGCCAGUUUACUCCUGUUGUUAUUCCUUUUUAUUGUGAUAUUUGCCUUAUUGGGGAUGCAGUUAUUUGGUGGGAAUUUUAACUUUGACAAUGAACCAAAACCUCGCAGUAACUUUGACAGCUUCUGGCAGUCAAUGUUGACAGUGUUCCAGAUUUUGACGGGAGAAGAUUGGAAUGAAGUGAUGUAUAAAGGCAUUGACGCCUUUGGUGGAGUUAAUGAUAUUGGUUUUCUUGUUUGUUUUUAUUUUGUUAUAUUGUUUAUUUGUGGUAAUUAUAUAUUGUUGAAUGUCUUCUUGGCCAUUGCUGUUGAUAACUUAGCAGAUGCUCAGAGUCUGACGGAGAUUGAGGAAGAGCAAGAGGAGGAAAAAGAAAGAAUGAGAUCUAUACGAAGGUCAAAAAGUAGAACACCAGAUGGAGAGAAGGAUGUGCAGCCUGAUGAAGAUGAGGGUGUAGGAGGAAUGAAUGAAGAAGGUACUGUUGAAAAUGAAGACUUAGGGAGGCUCUCUAGGAAACCAAGUGCAAGAUCAUCUCGAUCUUACAGGAAAGAUGACAGUCCUGAGCCACACAGACUACGGUUAGAUCAAAGUGAUGGAUCACCAGGGGAAUUCCGUGACAGUCAUCAGAUACCCAUAGAGGGUAAUGAAGAAGAUGAAAAUCAGAAUGAUAUGGAAGAUGAUGAUGAAUCGAUUGAAGAUGAAGAUGAAUCUCAUCAUUCUACAGCACGGCCUCGUCGUAUCACAGAAAUACCCAACGAAAAAGUCAAAAUGAUUCCUGAAGCUUCAUCUUUAUUUUUUUUCUCUAAAACAAACAAAUUCCGUAUAAUAUGUCACAAGAUAUGUAACCAUCCCUACUUUGGGAACAUUGUACUAGCCUGUAUAAUUAUCAGUAGUGGUAUGUUAGCUGCUGAGGACCCGCUAGGCUUUGAUAAAAAGAGAAACAGUAUUCUGAAUAAAUUUGAUUAUUUUUUCACCACUAUUUUCACUGUUGAAAUUCUCAUCAAAAUUAUAACAUAUGGUCUGAUAUGGCACAAAGGAUCAUUCUGUCGUAGUUUUUUCAACAUCUUAGAUUUGAUUGUAGUUGCUGUAUCGUUGAUAUCUUUUAUAUUCCAAAAUCAAACCAUAUCUGUAGUGAAGAUUCUUAGGGUGCUUAGAGUAUUGAGACCAUUGAGAGCUAUAAACAGAGCCAAAGGACUAAAGCAUGUAGUACAGUGUGUGAUAGUGGCAGUAAAGACUAUCUACAACAUUAUGUUAGUGACAUUCCUACUGACCUUCAUGUUCUCCGUUAUAGGAGUACAAUUGUUUAAGGGAAAAUUUCACAGCUGUACAGAUGAAUCAAAAGAAGUACAAAGUGAAUGCCAUGGUGAAUUUGUAGUUUUCCCUGAUGGUACUAUUGAUAAUCCAAAAAUCAAAGAUAGACAAUGGACCAAUAAUGAGCUAAAUUUUGACAAUGUACAUUUGGCUAUGCUCACAUUGUUUACAGUGGCUACAUUUGAGGGAUGGCCACAAUUACUGUAUAUAUCUAUAGAUUCACAAGAAGAAGAUCUUGGUCCAAAACACAACUUCCGUCCAAUAGUAGCUGUGUUCUAUUUUAUCUACAUCAUUGUGAUCGCUUUCUUCAUGGUUAACAUCUUCGUAGGUUUUGUCAUCGUCACCUUUCAGAAUGAAGGAGAGCAGGAAUACAAAAAUUGUGAAUUAGAUAAAAAUCAGAGAAAAUGUAUAGAGUUUGCAUUAAAAGCGAGACCAAUGAGACGAUACAUACCAAAGGCUAGGUGGCAGUACAAGAUAUGGUGGUUUGUCACCUCUCAAGCAUUUGAAUAUGGAAUCUUUACACUCAUUAUGUUGAACACUGUUAUAUUAGCUUUAAAGUAUGAUGGACAGUCCGAAACAUAUUCCAAAGCAUUAGAUUAUCUUAACAUGAUCUUCACUGGUGUAUUUACAAUAGAAUUUAUACUCAAACUUAUGGCAUUUAGAUUUAAGAACUACUUUGGAGAUCCAUGGAAUGUAUUUGAUUUCAUCAUAGUCCUAGGAAGUUUUAUAGAUAUUAUAUAUACAGAAGUAAAUCCUGGUCAAGGUAUAAUUAGCAUCAACUUUUUCCGGUUGUUCCGUGUGAUGAGGCUGGUUAAAUUGCUCAGUAAAGGGGAGGGUAUUAGAACUCUCCUGUGGACAUUUAUCAAAUCAUUUCAGGCUCUUCCUUAUGUAGCACUGCUGAUAGUUAUGUUGUUCUUCAUCUAUGCAGUAAUUGGAAUGCAGAUUUUUGGGAAGAUUUCUAUAAAAAAUGAGGAUAGUCAGUUGCAUAGAAACAACAAUUUUCAAACUUUCCAGCUGGCUGUUUUAGUUCUCUUCAGAUCAGCGACAGGAGAGGCUUGGCAAGAUGUCAUGUUGUCAUGUGUACAUAAAUCUACUGUAUUAUGUGAAACAGGUCCACCUCCUGAUGAAUUGGUCAACCAAGUCAACAGCACAGUUACAGCAGCCGCUGAAGUUUGUGGAACAGAUUUUGCAUACUUCUAUUUUAUAUCUUUCUAUAUUCUGUGUUCAUUUUUAAUUAUAAAUUUAUUUGUUGCUGUCAUCAUGGACAACUUUGACUACCUAACAAGAGACUGGUCUAUACUAGGACCACACCAUCUGGAUGAGUUUGUACGAUAUUGGUCAGAUUAUGAUCCAGAAGCAAAGGGCAGAAUCAAACAUUUAGAUGUAGUUACUUUGUUAAGAAAAAUAUCACCACCAUUAGGUUUUGGUAAAUUAUGUCCACACAGGGUUGCAUGCAAGCGGUUAGUCAGUAUGAAUAUGCCUUUAAACAGUGAUGGUACUGUCAUGUUUAAUGCAACUCUGUUUGCGUUAGUUCGAACAUCGCUGAAAAUUAAAGUGGAAGGAAAUAUUGAUGAUUGUAAUGAAGAAUUACGUAAAGUUAUUCUAAAAAUCUGGAAGAGAACAAAUCAGAAACUACUGGACCAAGUGGUCCCCCCUGCUGGUAGGGAGGAUGAUGUGACAGUAGGAAAAUUCUAUGCAACUUUUCUUAUACAAGAUUAUUUCCGACGCUUUAAAAAGCGUAAAGAACAAAUGCAGAAAAUCCAGAAAGGUCAAGAGCAUACUAAUGCCUUACAGGCUGGUUUACGUGCAGUACAUGACUUAGGACCAGAAUUACGUAGAGCUAUUUCUGGUAAUUUAGAUGAAGAAGAUUUCAAUGAAAAAGAUGUGGAGGAACCGAUGCAUAGAAGAAACCACAGCUUGUUUGGUAGUGUGAUGACAGCCAUUACUGGAGUCAACAAAACAGCAUUACCGAUCGCCGGCAAAACUCCUCAAUAUCUUGUUAAUAGUAAUCAAACGCCAAAAAUUAUUCCUGCCAAUUCUCACACAACUAUCUCACCACAGAAUUCACUCAAUGGUAAAGUGACACCUGGUGGAUCCAGUAAUCACCUAAAUGUAGAAUAUCGUAAUGCCAUUAAUCGCUCACCAUCACCUCUUGCUCCUGUCAAAGUGUCGCCAAUUAUGUCAAAUGACAUGCGACGUCUCAGUCAUACAAGUGCCAUAUCUUCAGCCUCAGAUUCGUACAAAGAUGUUCAGCCUCAUAGUCCAGCUAGUCAUACUUCAGAUACGGAGACUUAUCCUCCUUCCUAUGAUGGUGCUAAUGACAGUAGAGGUCAUAAGGGCAACAAUAUAAAGCCAGGGGCCUCCGAGCUCACCAAAAAGCAAGGCAUUUAUGUAUAUAGAGAUCUUCCACAAGAAGACAGUGAUUUUGAACGGGAGCAUACGCCACCUACACCUCCACCGAGGAAACUCAGUCGGAAAGGAGCCUCCCUGAGACUGCGGUGUUUAGGGAAACAGGAGAGUGAUGAGAACCCUCUAAUGAAGAAGGUAGCAGAACCUCUCAAAUUAACACAAACUCAGGCCAUGGCAGUGGCUAGAAUGGCACAUGAUGGACAACCAAGACCUUUGGUACCAGAAACUAAGAGAACACCACCAAAUUCUCCAGGCAGCAUGAGACAGUCUUACUUGUCACAAGGUCUUCAGAAACUUUUCCAAAGAAGAAAAUCCAAACCUCCAGCAGCAAUUCCAACGCAUAUAUUUACUCGAUCCAACUCCAUCUUUGAAGGGAAAAGUAUAGACUCACCCAGGCAGACAAUGCAUCGAGCCAGUGAUUCUGCAUUUAUGAAUGCCUCAUCUGGUGGUCCUUACGCCAGAGCUGGAGCAAGAGGUCCACUAAUUAUACCAGACCAUGUGAUGUCCCAACAGCAGUCCAAUAGACAAGGAAUGUUCCCUUCAUCUAAUCUUAGGGGAAGUGCAGAAGAUCUUGUAAAUCAGGUACUUACUGAAGAGGGUCUGAACAGAUUCAUUGAUGCUAGAGCACUACAGCAAGAAAUUGCUGAGGCUGGCGAUAUGACAAGGGAAGAAAUGAACAAUGCAGCUAGGCAACUUCUGCAAGGACAGAAUACACCAUAUUAUGAUCACCAUAUUGGUGGAUUUAAAGCAGAGGAGCUGAAAGAUUACAAUAAAUAUUCUGACAAUGUACGGAAGAAUCAAGAGAGUUUUGAUGAUACUGAGGAACAAACGAGUCCCAAACGUGGUCAGCAUCCCCGUAGCUACAGGAAGUGAACACUAUAGAGACAGUACAGUUGGGGUUAUAACACAGGAUGUAUACUUGUGCUCAGUAUUGACAGGUCCCAAAACUUCUCUUUAUAGGACUGUUGGAUAAUGCAGUUAUCUUGAUGAUUGGAGUUUAAUUCUUCAGUUGUUCAUAAGAUCUGCAUCAAAGUGAAUUAACUAUAUUCAAGUCACUACAAAAGCUUAUCAAAGAGAUGACAUUAAAAGUAGAGAAUUUCUGAUACAUUUUCAUUAUAGCUUAUGGUGGUUUCUCAAUUCAACCAGAAUCCUAUACCACACUCAUGAAUACAUUUUGAAUUCAUAAUGUUAUAAGACAUACAUGUAAAAUGCAUGGGCUUAUAGAACACAGCAAUUCAUUGGUCAGACUUUGUAUAUUUUUUACACAUAGUCCAAUUCUACCUGAAAAGAAGUAUCAAUAAAUGUUUCUAGAGGGGAUGAUCAUAAAAGGGGGAAAUUGAUAAUCAGGCCUUCUUUCAAUUUAUCAAUUUUAUGAUACAUAGAUUAAUAUUCCUCUCAUAAAACUUUCUUGUAAGUUGCUAGUUUUAUUGUGAUUUUUAUUUUUCCUAUUGUCCUAAAUAUUUUGUUUGUUUUUAUAGAUAUUUUAUUAUACACAGUUGUACACUCACAAUUAUAUGUGUUUAGCACGUGAUAAGUCCCAGUGUUGUGACAGUAUACACAGUUUUAUUAUUUUUCUUAGUUUUGUGAUCUCUGGAAUAUUUCUUGUGUUGUGUUUUUUUUGUAUAUGUUUAUUUAUUAGAUACCUCUUUGUUUUUGAUUUACACAAAAAUAUGUAUCAUAGGCAUAUAAAGUUAAUUAUUUAAAGUAUAGUUGAGUUUUUUAAUGAUUAUUACAAUUCAAAAAUAGAGCAAAAGUUCCCACUUAUAAAGUCAAAAGUAAAAAGGGUAAGAUGACGUCCACCACAUAUAUUUGAAAAAUACCUUUUAUAGAAAGUUUCUGGAAUCUUUAGUUUUGUAAGAGUUUUUUUCAAGAUUUAUUGGAAACAAAAAAACUGAAGUUAUUUUUUAUGUGAUGAAAGAUAUUUUAGUCACUGUGCCAUUUUGAUGUUAUCCUUUGAUAAGAUAAAGCAAAAUAGAAGAGCAUAUUCAAAGCACAAGAUUUUAGGCAGUUUUUUUGAUAGAGUAAACAAGGUAUCACAUUGUUUUGGUCUAAUCAAUCCCUUUUUUUCAUUUUUGACGUAGUUGAUUUAGAAAGAUAUAUAUAUAUAGUUAAUGACAAUUCUUAAUUCGAUUUUUUCUGAAAAUUAGAUAGAAGUUAACUACACAGAAGUUACCAGAGUCUAUCUGUAGUAGCUGAAGUGUGUUCAGACAGUGAAUUACCAUACACGAUUUGAUUGUGGUGUGUUUCAUUCAACAAAUAAUAAUCAUAUUCAUUGUUUUUAAUAAGCACAGUACAUUAAGAAAUGGUGCUCUUGAAAAAAAACAAUGGUUUAAAACCAAUCAUGUUUUGAAUACUUCAUCGCCAUAAUGACUUUAUUUCCUAAUCAUAUAUAAUGUCAUCAAUUGGUACUUUAAAGAUAACUGGUGUAAAGAUUAAAGCAUUAUAAUUUAUUCAAUCUUUGUUGUUGGCAACUUGUAUUCUCAUUGGUUGUUUAUAUGAUUGUUUUGUAAUAUUGUAUGUAAAAGAUAGCUCCAUCAUGCCUUCACCUAGUAAAUACUGGUUCCAAACCAAAUGCAUGAGUUGUGAAUCAUUCCACUUUAAUGAAUACAAAAGUUUCUUUUUCCUGUUUUCUUCAUCUCUAUGAUUGUCAUUUUUGUGAUUUAAAGAGAUCAAUAUUUGGUAAUGACAUUUUCAUCAUAACAAGACACUUUUCUAAAUAAUAGUAAUAACUGUUAUUCUGAUAUAUUUAUAUUUCAUGUUGUAGGACAUUUUUUUUGUCAUGAGUUUUAGGAAAACAGAAAAAGGCAACAUUUGUCUCAAUAUAUAUCUCCACCAUUUGUCUCAGUAUAUAUCUUCACCAUUUUGCUACCUAGAACAUAUUUUUGAAUAUACAUUGCAUUACUUUACUAGAAACUUGCUAUUGAAGUUGUAUAUAUUUUAUUUCAACAGCUAUUUGUAGUUCUCUCCCCUUAGAUUUUUUGGCCAGUUCUAUCCCUUUUUGAAAAUAAUGACUUUAAAGUUUGAAGUGUUUGACUGUUUCAUUUUCAUAUUUCAUAUUCAUAAUUUUGUAGCUUUUUUUUUAUGGUAUUAGAGAGCUUAAGCCAGACUGUUGGUUUAACUAAAUACUAAUGGUCAAUAAAUAUUUGAGACAUUGAUGUGGAAAGACAGGACAAUCUUUAAAAUGUGUUCAUUUUUCUCUUGUUAAAUUAAAUUUUGUGUUUGCAUACCAAAGUUUUUAUUCUUAUUAAUUGUUCGUUUUGUCAGAUAUAUUAUUGGCCUAAUAUUUUUCCAAACAAAAGUUUUAAGUCGUUUUCAUUUGCAGUUGCAUCUGAUAAGAGGUAGAAAAUGAUAUAACUAAAUUCAUGUUGAUUUUAAGGUUAAAUAAUAAAGAGUAGAUUUACAAUUCCUUAUCACAAUCUGAAGUCCUAGAAUGUCGUUAUGUUAUUUCUAGAUUUUGGUCUUCACAAUUGUCUAUUUUAAUUUUUAGCUGUUGUUUAACUUUACAGUUACAUUGAAUAAUGUUGUUGAACCUAUUAUGUAUUUAAAGAAAGUUGAAAUAAAGGUUUUGCCUAGGAUGAAUAAGUUUUUUAAGAAAAGGUUUUUUGCCUUACCUGUCACAAAAUGCAGGUCAUGUAUGCUAAACUGGUGAAGAUGGUUAAUUGUAUAAAGUUUCAGGUGAUUAAAUCAGUUUGUCAUUACUAUUAGGUCAACUAUAUUUGGUGUAUAUGAUGGUUGUAAUGUGCCUGUGUCUGACUGGAUUUGUAUAACCUUGACCUCUUCAUGGUUCUAUUAAUCAAUAUUAUGCUUAAACACUUGGGUCAGUUAUUUAUUUACCAGUUUGUAUAUGUCGACUUUGAUCUAUAGUAUCAUUGUAAGGAAUACAUGCCUGUCUUACAGGAGUCUUCUGACAUUUACCUCUGUUCAUGGCUUUGUGAUAAAUGAUUCGUUUUGUUUUGCAGUGACAUCAGUUUCUCAUUUACUAGGACUAAGAUAUCAGCUAUAUUUGGUGUAUAGAAUGGUUGUGAGGUUUAUAUGUUUAACUGAUGGAGGUCACCUCACAAUCACCUCAUUUUAAUGGUUCAAUGUUCAACAUUAAGUUUUGUUGAAAUUCUCUGUUCUUACAUUGAUUUGACUUGCUCAUGUAUUUAAUAGUAUUAAAACAAGCAAAAUACACACUUACAAAAAUUUUCAAUCGUUAAAAUUUGUUUUUAUAAAUGCAUUUAUUAUUUAAAGAGAAUAAAUGUUGAAAUUGCAUCCCUUUUCCAGGGUUCCUAAGUUUUUGAAAAGAAUCCUUGAUUUAUCAUGUUAUAUUUGUCAUUUAUUUAAGAAAUCAUUGUUAGAUUUUGUAUAUAUAGAAUAUUUUCAGUGUACAUUCAUAGCUUAAUUUAUUACAAAUUUAUAUUAUCUGUUUUGUGAAUAAAAUAUUUAUAAAUCAAAAAUAUUUAAGUUGAUAUAUAUUUAUUUGUAUUUACUGUUUCAAAGCAGUUGUUCAUAUAAUGACAUACAAACAAGGGAGUCAAUUUUUGUUUAUUGAUUUGUGAUUAUUUAGAAUUAUCUAUGAUAUAUUAAUCCAGAUAAUUAAGAAAUCCUUGUGUAUUACUUAGUGAUUUUUUUCAAAUAGUUUUGGGCAAUUUUUUUCGCAGAAAAAGUCAUAUUACUUCCUUGUUGAGAGAUACUCGUUUAAUUUAUUCACAUGUAACACUGUUAAAAUAUUGUGUGAACAUUGGAGAUACAUGUUUAAUUUAUUCACAUGUAACACUGUUAAAAUAUUGUGUGAAGAUUGGAGAUACUUUUAAUUUGGGUAAACUGACUGCAAACACUUUCAAAAUUGUUGAAAAUUUUCAAACUAAAUUUUUUGUAAAAAAGAUCUGGUUUUUUUUAUUUAACUAUUUUCUGUUUAAUUUUAUAUUUGCUAAAAUGAUAAAAUCUACAAAGUUGAAUUCAUUAUAUUAAAUACAAAAGUUUUAAAUGUAAGUAUAGAUGUCUAUUUGUAUUAAUCAUCUCAUGUUUGAAUCCUUGUAGUAAUCAUUUUUGUAUUGUCAUGGUAACAAUGAGCAGCAUUUAUCAUGUGAGUUAGCUGAGUUUUUAAAGGGGAGUUGUGAUUGGUUGUAUGAAUGUUAAGCAUACACCUUUUAUAAGCCAAAACAAACCCCACCUUUGUGUAUGUAUAAAUGAGAAAAAAAUAAUGAAUGGUAAAGAAUUUUUAAAAACCUGUAUAAUGAUAAAACCAACAUUGCAAGGAUUGUUUUCUUAAUAUGUGCAAUAAAUAAUGAAAAUAU